UGGCUUGUCCUCAAGCAGUUUGAAUCUGCCAGCUUAUUGACGCAGUAAUACCUGAUUCCCUACUGCUAAUGAAUAGCUCAAGGCUUUGGCAAGACCUCACUACCUUAGCCUGGUCCCUCCGUUUUCAUCAUUCUAGAGCGUCAUUUCGUUCAAGAUCUUUGAUACAGGAUGCCGAGACUCAAUCGCCGACAAAGCCACUCGACUCCCCCGACAUCCUCCCGAGAUGUUAACGGCGACCGCUACAGCAAAAGCCGUUAUGCGAGUUCCGAGACACAUCGGCGAUCGGGGAGGAAAACGCAUCCGCGUGCGUCGAGUGUAGAUUCUCGGGAUACCUACUACGAUCCAAGGGACAAGUACUACCUUUCCGGAGACGACGAGGAUGAUCACGUACCUCGAAGGGAACCAGCAUUCAGUCCAUCCAAACGCGGUCGUUCUCCUUCACGGUCGCGGUCUCGAUACCGAGCGCGGUCACUUUCCGCAUCCUCCCGGACUCCAUCGCCAUACAGCGAUGACCACCACCGCAGACGCCGCUCACCAUCCGUCCCGUCCCGCUCCCCAUCACCGCCACCACAUCACCCUCGCUCUACGGGAGGGAGAGUCCGGGACCGGGACACGCGCCGCAACUCCUCACCCCGUUCCCGCCGGCACCACACCCGCCGGUCCUACUCCCGAUCCCCUUCCCCAUCUCCUUCCCGUUCUCGUCACCAAUCACCAAAAUCAGCCCUCGCGCUCGCCCAGGAAGCAGCCCAACAUGCCUUCGAAGCAGGCGCCAUCGCCGCGCUGCGCCUGCGUGAUGACCCGUCGCCCUGGCUGGGCAAGAAGGGCGGCCAGAUCGCGGCGGCCGCCCUCAGCGCCGCCGUCGUCGACACGUUUGUGGCGCGGCGCCAUCCCAACAUGCGCAAGGGCGGACUGCGGCACUCUUUUGCGAAGCAGGCCGCGCAGAUGGUCAUUGGCGGGUUGAUGGGCGGGAAUGAUAAAGGCGCCGGGAAGGGGAAGAAACGGAGGGCGGGGAGGAUGGGUGCGAGGGGGAGGAGGUAACGAGGUGAUUCGACUUGGAGGCAUGUGGCUAAACAUGAACCAUGAGGGAGGCUGAUGCCGGGUCAAGAGGUGUGAUGUGCCUUGGAGCUUGGACAGAAAAGGACUUGGAAAAGGAUGAUGGGUAAUCAGAUGGGCGGGUAAAACUGGAAAAGUUUCGAUUGUUUAGCGUUGUUGACUGGCGUUAUGAGGAUGAUACCAAGAACUAUCGGUCGGGGGAGGAAUGGUUAAAACUACUGGAAUCCUAGAAGGCCUCAGUGCGGAAUGAGAAAUUCGGGAAAAUCAACUCC